GGUGCAUCAGCUUCACCGGCGACUUGGGUUGCCGGUCACCAUACCGACCCACACUCAUUCGCUCUAAAUUCAAGUCUUUGUCUUGCCCAGAAAGAAAGAAAGAAAAUAUCACUCAUUCCCGCUAUAUAAACCUCAUCAAUAUACACCCAAACCAACAAAUUAUACAGGUAGAAAUGCAUAUCUAUAACGCCUGGCUUCCUCCUCCGGUCGCUGACGCCACCAAGGAAGAGAAACAAUCGUUCGCCGGAGUUGUAUCUUCCGUUAAAGAAUCGUAUGUUGAGGAUGAUCCGGAGUCUGUGUACUCUACACUCGAAUGGAUUUCAGUUAUUGACUUGUUCAUAAAGGCGAAAAGUGACGUAUCACUAGAAGACGUUACCGACCUUGUGGAAUUCGGGCUGCAAGUGUUUACUGCAUCACAAGACAAGCUUUAUGCACAGGUGAGAUGGGGAAAUGUUCUUGUGAACUUGCUGAAGAAUUUUCGCAAAAAGUUGACUUUGAAAGUUGACUGGCGCCCUUUCUAUGACACUUUGGUUCAAACACACUUCACAAGAAAUACAGGACCAGAGGGAUGGAGGAUACGGCAAAGACAUUUUGAAACCGUCACCUCACUCGUUCGUUCCUGUAGAAGAUUUUUCCCGCCAGGUUCUGCCCAUGAGAUAUGGUCUGAGUUUAGAUCUCUACUUGAAAAUCCAUGGCAUAACUCGGCUUUUGAAGGUUCCGGUUUUGUGAGACUCUUCCUUCCUGCAAAUGCCGAUAACCAGGACUUCUAUUCACGUGAGUGGAUCGACGCGUGUAUUUUUCAAUGGGAUUCUAUACCAAAUUGCCAGUUCUGGAACAGCCAAUGGGCAGCUGUUAUGGCCCGGGUUAUUAAGAGUUACAAAUUCAUGAACUGGGAGGAUCUUUUACCUGAAAUAUUCAGUCGAUUUCUAAACAUGUUUGAGGUGCCUGUGGCCAACGGGGGUGGAGCGUACCCUUUUUCUAUUGAUGUCCCGGGAAGUACAAGAUCUUUGUUUCCAUCACAAACUCCAGCUAAAGCCGUUGCAAAAUCGAUUGUUUACUUGUUAAAGCCCGGUAGCUUGGCUCAACAACACUUUGACAAAUUAGUCAACCUCUUAGAACAAUAUUACCAUCCUUCAAAUGGUGGUCGUUGGACAUACUCGCUAGAGCGAUUUUUGUUUCACUUGGUUUAUACAUUUAGAAAACGUUUGCAACGAGAGAAAGAGAACCCGGAUAGCAAUGGACCGAUCGAAUUCUGUUUACGACAACAAGAAAGGGAAUCUUUUGUGAGGACUGUCUUGAAGUUAAUCGAUCGUGGUCAGUACAGCAAAUAUGAAAACCUUUCUGAAACAGUUGCAGCAGCAACUUCAAUUUUGUCUUAUGUGGAGCCCUCGUUGGUUCUCCCCUUUUUGGUGGCUCGUUUCCAUAUGGCGUCAGAAACGAUGACAGCAACACAUCAACUGAAGACAGCUGUAACAUCAGUAGCGUUUUGCGGGCGAUCAUUAUUUUUUAAGUCAUUAUCUGCUUCAUCAAUGGAAACCGAUGAUGUUAAUGAAGGGGAUAUGUUUCGUGAUCUUUUGAUGAUAUCUUUGAGCAAUGCAUUGCUUGGGAUAGAUGCUAAUGAUCCACCCAAAACCAUAGCAACUAUGCAACUCAUCGUCUCCAUAUUUUCCAACAUGACGACGUUGGAUGAUGAUGGCGAUAAUUUGUCGUUCAUGCCUGCCGAGCGGCUCUCAGAUUGGCUCGAUGAGUUCCUAUGCCGCCUUUUUUCUUUGUUACAACACUUGGAAUCAAGUAGUGUUUUAAAUGAAGAUGCUCGCUCACCUGCAACAUCCGGGACAUUCCUCAUUGAGAAUAGCCCUAAGUAUUACGGCAUGUUGGAAAUAUUAUUCGGAAGACUUUCAAGAUCCCUGUACAACCAAGCUAUUAAAAAAGUUUCCAAGUUUGUGAAAACAAAUAUUCUACCCGGAGCUAUUGCAGAAGUCGGACUGCUAUGUUGUGCUUGCGUUCACUCAAAUCCAGAAUCGGCUGUUAGUCAACUUGUUGAACCGCUUUUAUCUUCUGUUAUAUCAGCUUUGAAAGGAAGUCCGCUCACGGGUUUUGGGGGAAGUGGAAAUUUCACCAGCAAAUCUUUGAAUAAGGCAAGAUCCACACUUUCUCCGGCCCUAGAAACAUCGGUUGAUUACCAGUUGAAGGUGUUGUCAGGUGCAGUCACUUACGGUGGUCAUUCACUUCUUCGUUACAAGGAUCAAUUCAAGGAGGCCAUACAUUCUGCCUUUGAAUCUCCAUCUUGGAAGGUUAACCAAGCUGGUGAUAAACUUCUGCGGUCUCUACUUGGAAGUCUUGUUCUCUAUUAUCCAGUUGAUCAGUACAAGUCUGUUUCACACCAUUCGUCAUUGACCCCACUGGAGGAAUGGAUUAGUAAUAAAGAUUUUUCAAACGAUGAAGUGCGUACGGGACCCACAUGGCAUAUCCCUAACGAUGAAGAAAUUCAAUUUGCUAAUGAACUCUUAAACCUGCAUCUGGAAUCGGCUUUAGACGAGCUUCUGAAAAUAUGUCAAGAUAAUAUUCACUCUGAUCCAGGAAAUGAAAAGGAUCACUUGAAAGUUACUCUUUUACGCAUAGACUCUUCACUACAAGGUGUUUUGUCAUGUCUGCCUGAUUUUAUACCGUCUUUUAAAAAUGGGAAAGUUGAAAAACCACCAUUUUUAAUUGCGGGAGCAACGGGGUCAACCGUUGGUAGAACUGGAUUGCGUGAAAAAGCUGCCAAUGUCAUCCAUAUAGCCUCAAAAUACUUGCUUGAGAAAAAGUCGGAUGACAGCAUACUCUUGUUACUACUCAUUCGCAUUAUGGAGGCUUUGGGGAACUAUGGAAGUGGUGAAUAUGAAGAGUGGAAUAACCAUAGGCAUGCUUGGAAUUUAAAAUCUGUUGCCAUUAUAGAACCUCCUGUUAACUUUAUUGUGCCGUCUAACUCUAAAGGAAAGAAAAGGCCAAGGUGGGCACUCAUUGACAAUGCAUACAUGCACAAUACAUGGAGAGCAUCACAAUCAUCUUAUAAUUUGUAUCGUACAAGUAAAAACGUGUCUCCUUCAGAAAAUUUGGAUGUUUUAUUCAACGAUCUUCUUAACCUAUGUGUGCAUAGUUAUGAUACCGUUCGCAUGCUUGCUGGAAGAUCGCUUGCGAAACUGAUCAAACGUUGGCCAUGUUUAAUUGCAAAAUGCGUGCUUACGCUAACGGAGAAUCUGAGAAGCCCGAGCUCACCGGAAUAUACGGUUUUAGGUUCUUGUGCUGUUCUUGGAAGUCAAACCGUUCUCAAGCAUCUCAUUUCGGAACCAAAAUUUCUCUCAUCUUUCCUUCUUGGAAUUCUUUUGAGUUCUCAGCAUGAAUCAUUGAAAUCCCAGAAAGCUAUCAACGAGCUCUUUGUUAAAUACAACAUCUAUUUUGCGGGGGUCUCUAGAAACAUUUUCCAGAAAUCAGACGACCAUUCUGGGUCGGACUUUGCAGCUUUGGUUUCGGAGAUAGGUUCAAUGAGUUUUGAGUCAAGUAACUUGCAUUGGAGGUAUAACUUGAUGGCCAACAGGAUCCUACUGUUGCUUGCAACAUCAUCGAGAAAUGAGCCUGAUUUGUCAUCAAAGAUUCUUAGUGAAACCGCUGGUCAUUUCUUAACAAAUUUGAAAAGUCAACUUCCACAAACAAGAAUACUAGCAAUCUCUGCUCUAAAUAUGUUGCUAAAAGAGUCACCUUAUAAAGUGUCAUCAGUGAAUUUACAAGAAAAAACUAAAUCGUCACUCGAAGGCACUUUAAGUAAUAUAUUUCAAGAACAAGGGUUCUUUAGCGACACAUUUGACAGCCUCGCUAAUGUUCAUAUCAUUAGCGACACCGAAAACUCGUCUUCCAGGGGCAGUAUUGGUAAUUCGUCAUUUCAAAGUUUAGCAGAUAAACAAAUCACCCGUUUCUUCUUCGAUUUUUCAUCUUCAUGGCCCCGUACACCUACAUGGAUUUCUUUAUUUGGCACCGAUACUUUUUAUUCAAGUUUUGCGCGUAUAUUCAAGCGUUUGGUUCAAGAAUGUGGUGUUCCCGUUUUACUGUCGCUAAAGACUGCGUUAAACGAGUUUGUAAAUGCUAAAGAGAGAUCCAAACAGUGUGUUGCCGCUGAGGCUUUCGCGGGCUUGUUGCAUGCAGAUGUUAUUGGGCUUGUAGAAGCAUGGGACAGCUGGAUGAUGGCCCAAUUGCGGAAUAUCCUUCUUACGCCAUCGGUUGAAUCGGUUCCCGAGUGGGCUGCGUGUAUACGGUAUGCGGUUACGGGUAAGGGUAAAUAUGGAACCAAAGUACCGCUUUUAAGGCAACGGAUUUUGGAUUGUUUGGUUGAACCGUUGCCGCUAAUGGUAACUACGACGGUUGUUUCCAAACGCUACUCGUUUCUUUCUGCUGCUUUGAUCGAGAUCUCGCCCUCGAGAAUGCCUUUAUCGGAAGUUCAGCUUCAUUAUAGUCUGUUGCGGGAAUUGCUGGAUAACAUGAGCCAUCCUGCUGCCCAUGUUAGGGAAGCAAUUGCUACCGCACUUUCUGUAUUAUGCUCAAAUAUUCGAUUGCAUGCAUCCGUCAAUAAAGAUUAUUCAACCGAGAACGCGAAACAUACUAUAAUUGAAAAGCAUGCUGAUAGUUGGGAUCAGCUUUUAGUAAACAAAGCGUCUGAACUCGUGGUAGCAAUUCAGAAUGCAAAUCCUUUGGACAAUUUAGCAGAUACAAACACACUCUCGGGGUCAGAUAGUAACUCACCAGACGAUGUUCAAUGGAUGGAAACGUUAUUCCAUUUUGUUAUCUCGUUAAUGAAGUCUGGGAGAUCUGCAUUCCUAUUGGAUGUUCUUGUGGGGUUUCUUUACCCUGUGAUCUCGUUACAGGAAACAUCGAAUAAAGAUUUAUCAGUAUUAGCAAAGGCAGCUUUUGAGCUGUUGAAGUGGAGAAUAUUCACAAAUGAUCAUCUUAGAAAGGCGGUAUCGAUUCUUCUGCCGUUAGCGGAAGAUCCUAACUGGCGGACCAGAUCUGCAACUUUGACUUUUCUAAGGAGCUUUAUGUACCGGCACACUUUCAUUCUCUCCGAUGACGAGAAACAGAAAAUCUGGAAAGCAGUUGAGAAGCUACUUACAGAUAACCAAGUCGAGGUAAGGGAGCAUGCAGCAGCUGUAUUAGCUGGCUUAAUGAAAGGUGAUGAUGGAGAAUUAUCAAAGGAUUUCCGUGAAAGAGCUUAUACUGAAGCUACGAAGCUUCAAACGAGACGAAAACGAAGAAGCUCAAGCGGUAAUUCUUCUGUGGCUUCCAUACACGGUCGCGUUCUUGCUCUGGCUGCUUGUGUGCUGUCCGUUCCGUAUGAUAUGCCAAGCUGGUUGCCUGAGCAUGCGACCUUAUUGGCCCGUUUUGUCGGUGAGCCGUCACCUGUUAAAUCCACUGUUACAAAAGCAGUUGCAGAGUUCCGUCGAACCCAUGCAGAUACUUGGAGUGUUCAAAAAGAUUCAUUCACUGAAGAACAGCUCGAGGUGUUGGCCGAUACAUCAUCUUCAUCAUCGUAUUUCGCCUGAUCUAAGAAUGAGGAACAUAUAGGAUAACUAGUCUCGUAUAAAUUGUAAUACUCUCUUAAAACAUAUCCAUUUUUCUUAGUGGCAUAUGAAAUAUUGAAUAAGCCAUGCUUAAUUACAUUUUAAUUUACCUAUAAA